AGACAGGCAGACGAGGGAGGGGGUUUCUUUGCUCGAGUAAUGGCGGCGUCCGUGUACGGGUCCCGCACUCUGAGCAAGGACGAUGGCCGUUACCGCACACAUUUCCGCAUGAUCAAUGAGCAGCAGGUGGAGGACAUCACCAUCGAGUUCUUCUACAAACCUCACACCAUUACCCUGCUGACCUGCACCGUGCUCAGCCUUAUGUACUUCGCCUUUACGAGAGACGACGGGAAUCAAGACAGUAACCUGCGUGUAGGUCUUAUAGUGAUCAUCUUCUUUUUCUUAGUCAUCAGCGUCCUUGCCUUCCCAAACGGUCCGUUUACAAGGCCACACCCAGCAAUAUGGCGCAUAGUGUUCGGUUUAAGCGUGCUGUACUUCCUCUUCCUGGUCUUCAUCAUCUUCCUGAACUGGGAGCAGGUGAAGGGUCUGAUGUACUGGCUGGACCCGAACCUGCGCUACGCCAAGCGUGAAGCUGAUAUCAUGGAGUACGCCGUGAACUGUCACGUGAUCACGUGGGAGCGCAUCCUGAGUCAUUUCGACAUCUUCGCGUUCAGCCAUUUCUGGGGUUGGGGCAUGAAGGCGCUGCUGAUCCGCAGCUACGGUCUCUGCUGGACCAUCAGCAUCACGUGGGAGCUUACAGAGCUCUUCUUCAUGCACCUUCUGCCCAACUUCGCGGAGUGCUGGUGGGAUCAGGUGAUCCUGGACAUCCUGCUGUGUAACGGUGGAGGGAUCUGGCUCGGCAUGACCGUGUGUCGCUUCCUGGAGAUGCGCACGUACCACUGGGCCAGCAUCAAGGACAUCCACACCACCACGGGGAAGAUCAAGCGCGCCGCGCUGCAGUUCACGCCGGCCAGUUGGACCUACGUGCGCUGGUUCGACCCCAAAUCCUCCUUCCAGAGAGUAACCGGGGUUUACCUGUUCAUGAUCAUCUGGCAGCUGACCGAGCUAAACACCUUCUUCCUGAAGCACAUCUUUGUUUUCCCAGCAUGCCACGCUCUGAGCUGGGGUCGCAUCCUCUUCAUCGGCGUCAUGACCGCACCCACUGUCAGGCAGUACUACGCCUAUCUCACUGAUACACAGUGUAAACGAGUCGGGACACAGUGCUGGGUGUUUGGAGCCAUCGCCUUUCUCGAGGCUUUAGCGUGUAUUAAAUUUGGACAGGACCUUUUCUCCAAGACGCAGAUCCUCUACGUUAUUCUGUGGCUCCUGUGUGUGGCCUUCAUCACGUUUCUAUGCCUGUAUGGGAUGGUGUGGUACGCUGAGACUUACGGCCCGAGAGAGAAGAGUUUGUCAGAGAGUGAGGACAGCUUUUACCCCGAGGCCGGAGACAGCGUGUGUGUGAAAGGGUCAGAAUCGACGGCCCCUCGCACCACCAGGAAGAGAGGGAAGGCUUCGGGACACAGCAAACCCGUCAACGGAGUGGAGAAAUAAAGACGUUCUCCACACACGCCUCGCUCCCGCAGAAACCCAGGAAGGACGGAGAGGAGAAGAAUGAAGGGAGAGAAAGAUGAAGCUUUUGCACAAACAGCGCUCCAGACGUCGGAGGGAAGAUCAGGGCGUGACGGCCGUGUCUUUGGUUCCGGGUUCGGUCAGUGUUCAUCCAGCAGGUGGCGCUGCGGAGGCGACGAGGUGAAAACACAAGCGCUGAGAUUCAUGUACAUUUCCACUGGAGGAAAAGAUUUUUUAUUUUUUUUUCCCAUUGCAGUAUUGUCUCCGUGUCGGUGAUGACGACAGACUCGUACACGGUGCGGCGUGUGCCGAUAUAUUUACGUUUUCACGAUUUAAAGUUCACACACAGUAAAGAAAUUGCUUACAAACAAACAGAACAGGCAUCCGUAAAUCCAUAUUCACAUCCAGCGUUCCAGGACAGAUCCUUCCAUGUUAGGAGGUGUGGCUUAGGAGGAAAGGGCGGAGCUAUACCAAAUAGCCCCCCAUAUACUGUAGAUAAAGUUUGGCUCAUGUUUACUUUCAUAGAGUAAUGUACAGUAGAAUCGUCACCGGUGUCAGAUCUGUUCAGUGUAUAACAAUUGUGUCCUCACGCCACCUGGUGGAGGGAAUUGGUCUUGCAACUAUGUUCAUAAAAAUCAACAUUACAGUAAAUAUCACGGUUAUAUCGUAGCACUGAUUAUCUUAUCGGCACAUGCUCAGAGCGGAGCACACCUAGGUUCAUGCACUUUGUUUUACCACCGACUGAUGAUGAUGAUGAUGAAGACGACGAGGAUUGCUGCUAACUCGUAUCUAUUACCUCCAGACCACUGAAGCCAGUAUCUGCAUUUCUGUUCGUUCUCAAAGCCUCUAACACACUGAUGUGCCUGCAUGAGUGUGUGUGUGUGUGCCAAAAUAACUGACAUAUUGCCUAAUAGUAGUCCGUUAUAUACUGUUGUGAUGACGUGUAAGGUUUCGGAGUGUUUAGUAGACCAUUCCUGUUUUCAUUUUCUUUCCCCACACUGACGACAAUCUUCCCGUCACGAGUUGUUUGUUUUUGUUUUUUUACGCACUACACCCAAACGCGUGCCGUUAUACAGUCGGAUACGUCACGUCGAUAUCGCGAACACUCCCAGUCAUCGUCGCUACAGACUGACACCUAUUUUAAAAACUAAUCUUUCAUUCCAGGUACUGUAAAUUCUGACGCGGUUAAUCAGCAGUAAUGAAAAAAAAAAAAACCAACAACAAAAAAAACUUUUUUAAUAUCAGCAACAGUGUGUACACAAACACACAACACACCUAUAAUUUGUCCAUGAUCUUAACAGAGGACACGCCUUAACCGAAUCUAACACACCUGCCUGAUCCUGCCUUUACAUACGAUGAUUAUUGUUAUUAUUACUGUAUUUUUUUUUUUUUACUGCAAUAAUUAUAAGUUGCAUAGAUAAAGUCGUUUUCAGCUCAAAAGUACCUUUUUUUUUUAAUCCGUCAUUUCCAAUAUUUCCAAUACUGCUGAUUUUUAUUUUUGAAUCUGCAGCUAAAAUAAUUUCAUGAAACGUUGUUAUUCCUUUAACGAGAAUGCAAAGGAAAAAUGUUCCUCUACAAGAUGAGUCGAUUCAAAGAUUUAUUUGCCAUGUCUGAUGUGUGUAAUUGAAUUAUUUGCACAGUAUAGUAAUUAGUUUUGUCUGUCUAGCCGGACAUGUGUGACGCUGAUUAGCGAGGCAGCUUUUUGGGGUUUUCCAUGACUCAGGAGAGUUUUAGCUUCUGGGAUCAAACCUAAGUUCUUCAGGAGUGUAAACGCUGACCGCUCCCUGGGUUUACUGAUCAUAACACACCAACCCGAUGACUGGCCAGUUAGCUUGAGCUUCAGGCAGUAGGUCUCCAGGUGUUCUAGCUUUUUAUUUCUGAUCAGAAUGCACUUUUUGUCCCCGCCCCAUCUUUCUUCCUCCUCCUGUUUUUCGCCGAGCGUCUCGGCCCAGGUCCCGCCGAGGGAGGACGAGCUGCCUGCCUGCACAUCUUCACUAUUCCUAAUGACUUUGACACGUUUGUAGAGGAUUUCACACGGCUCUGUGUUUCUAUGUGAUGAUGUAUUGUAGAUGUUUGUGUGUGUGUGGUUUAUUUUAAGUGAUUAAAACAACUUCUGCCUGUGA